GUCAAAUCCAUUGUUUAUUCCAUGUUCAACUUGCAUGAUGUAUAUCUUGUUUUCAACAUGAUAUAAGCAUUUUUAGGUUAAAUAUUGUUAAAGGGCAAAUAUAAACAUAAAGUAGUUUGAAUGAAAGAAGAAUGAAAUGAAGGAUACCAUGUCCAAAUAAGAAUAGCAAUAGCAAGAAUUUGAAGAACACUCAGAUUUCGCAGACAUUAAAAAAAUGUUGAAGCACAAUUUCUUAAAGACAUCGUGGUGUAAAUUGCGCAUGCGAUAUAUACAUAAAAAUGCCUCUUUCCCAGAGGUACCUAAAGGUAAAGAGUGUGCAAUCGCAAAGAUACGCAACAUUGGCAUACUGGCACAUAUUGAUGCUGGAAAAACGACCACAACCGAGAGGAUGUUGUACUAUUCGGGUCUCAUAAAAAAUAUGGGAGAGGUUCACCACGGCAACACGGUGACCGAUUAUAUGGAGCAGGAACGUCAACGUGGGAUAACGAUCACCUCCGCCGCGGUUACGUUCAAUUGGAAAGAUUAUCGCUUCAAUUUAAUAGACACCCCUGGUCAUAUCGACUUCACUAUGGAGGUCGAGCAAACCUUGCAGAUAUUGGACGGUGCAAUUGUAGUUCUGGACGGUUCCGCUGGCGUGGAGGCCCAGACAUUAACGGUUUCCAAACAGGCGGACAGAUUUAAUAUACCUCGGAUGAUCUACGUUAACAAAAUGGACAGAGCGGACGCUGAUUUCGGGAUGAGUUUACGGUCCGUCGAGUCCAAAUUGAACGUUGAAACACUACCUAUUCAGAUUCCCGUGGAGAGGGCGGGUGUCCUGGAAGGUAUCGUAGAUGUGAUAACUAUGGAAAAGUUAACGUUCGAUAAGAAGCGGCAAGGUAUGAAUUUAAUAAGGACAAAAAUAACUGAAAGUGACGACGGGAGACUGUGGGACGUUGCCAGUGAGCGACGACGGCUGUUGACUGAUAAACUGUCGGGCUUGGACGACAAACUGGCGGAUGUUAUCAUAGAGCAGGAGUCCCUGGAUAAUGUGCAGCCACAGAUGCUGGUCGAUUCCUUACGCAGAGUCACCAUAGGUAGGAAGGGUGUGCCUGUGAUGUUGGGAAGUUCCUACAAGAACAUCGGAGUACAGCCUCUAAUGGACAGCGUCGUUCUCUACCUGCCAUCGCCGACGAAUGUAGAUCAAGAAUCGAAUCCGUAUCGAUGCUUCGAGAACAGCCUGGCAGCCAGGGUCUUCAAGAUCGUUCACGACAAGCAGAGGGGACCGAUUACCUUUUUCAGGAUCUACUCUGGCAGCAUGAGGAAGAACCAGAAACUGUACAACGUGACACGCGAACAAAAUGAGCACUGCACACGCCUGUACAUCGCCUGCGCCGACGAUUACGAGGAGGUGACCGAGGUGAGUUACGGCAAUAUCGCGGCUGUAGGCGGACUGAAGGGUACUGUCGCGGGUGAUCUAGUGACGACGAACGCAUCUAUCGCCAACCGUGCUAAACAGAUGAUGCUGAAGGCGAACCCGAACCGGCUGGACUACGCGAACAAUUUCUUUGCAUCCGGAGUGAACUUGCUCGACCCCGUUUUCUUCUGUUCCAUAGAACCGCCCUCCCUCUCGGCGCAGUCCGCCCUGGAGAAUGCUCUUCAAGAACUGCAGCGGGAGGAUCCCAGCUUGCACGUGAAGAACGAUCCAGAGACGGAUCAGAUCGUUCUCGGAGGGAUGGGAGAGCUGCACAUAGAUAUCGUUGGGCAAAGAAUUAGGACGGAGUAUAAGAUCGACGUGGAUUUGGGUCCCUUGCAAAUCGCGUAUAAGGAAACGAUUCAAGACGCCGUUAGAGAUACACGAUCUGUUGAACACAAGGUGGGCCAGACGAUGCACAAAGUCACCGUCACCAUGUCCUUAAUACCUAAUUAUAAGGGAACGGAGAGGCUGCUUCUAGACAGGUCUCCGGAAAAUGCUUCCAAUAUCGACAGUAUUCAUCCGCGGGUGAUGAGCGCGAUUAAAAACGGCGUGAACGCUGCCCUGUUACACGGUGUGAAAUUAAAUUGCCCGGUAAUUAAUGUUGGCGUCAAGCUGCACUGGCUGGAGGUAGCACGCGGUACCUCAGAUACCAUUAUUUCCGCCACUGCCUCGCAAUGCAUUCGGAAGUUACUCCAAGAUGGAAAUAGCAUGUUACUGGAGCCCAUGAUGCAAUUGGAAAUCGUUACACCGCAGGAAUAUUCAUCGAGCAUCAAUUCUGAUCUCACUCGUAGACGAGCAGCGAUACAACAAAUUGAUAUGCGUGGCAACAAUAAAGUGAUCAGAACUCUCGCGCCACUAUCGGAAUUAUUGGGAUAUUCAACGACAUUGAGAAUAAUUACAUCAGGCAACGCGACGCUCUCAUUGGAAUUUAGUCACUAUCAGCUAAUGACUCCUAUCGAUGAGGAAGAAGCUAUCGAAAAAAUUAAAGGAUUCUAAAAUGAAUAGUACUUGAUAGUAGAAAAGUACAAUGAAGAAAGUAUAAUGAACAGAGAUAACAUUAUCGAAAAUACAAUUAUACUUUGUUUUAUUGACUCAAAUCUAAUCAAAAUAUAUUGCAACAUUAUCAUUGGUGCGUUACAAUCUCCAUAUACAAUUCUCAAUAGCGACCACCAAAUAUGAUACGGAAAGCUCUUGGUAAUCAGCCAGAGCGAAAAAAUGCCGCUAGCAGGCCAUCAGAACGUCAUCAUUACGGGCUUCCAUGCAUCAUAACUAGCAGUCGCGCAUAAAUAUAUUAAUAUUGCUUAAGAUCAUGCAAAAAUGUCACGUCGUAAAAUAUAUGUAUAUAUUAUAUUGUAUGUGGAGGGAUUAAAUGUUAUAAUGUCGCGUGAGACUGGAAAAACGACA